AUGGAAUUCUUCCAAAAGGCCAAAGUGGUGCGGUUGAGGAGCUACCACGACAAGUACAUGUUGGCUGAUGAGAAUCAAGAGAACGUGUACCAAGAUCGCAAUGGUUGCUACAACAACGCCAAAUGGAACGUGGAGAUUUUGGAGAAUUCUAAUUUCAUAAGGCUGAGGAGUUGCUAUGGGAAAUACUUAACAGCCUCAAACAUGCCCCUUAUAGUGAGGGGAACGGGGAAAAAGGUGUUGCAAACUUUGCCUUCAAGGUUGAACUCCUCUCUGGAAUGGGAACCCAUUAGAGAAGGGGUUCAAGUGAGACUAAGAACUCGUUAUGGACAAUACUUGCGUGCCAAUGGAGGGUUACCACCUUGGAGGAACACCAUCACCCAUGAUGUCCCCCAUCGAACCUCAAAGGCCAAUUGGGUUCUCUGGGACGUUGAUAUAGUCGAGCUUCGACCUCAGCCUCAGGUUCCUAGACCUAGACCACGACCAACACCUAUUACACCACCCAUCAGUCGUUCCUUGAAUCCAACACCAACGGAUCUUUCACCUUCUUCUUCUCCAUUGAUGGUGAUGUCAGACACGGAUUUGGUUAAGAUUGAUCUCCGCUCCCCCACAGCAAUCGAGCCUGAAGAUUCGCCAGAGUGUUUAUCACCGGUGAAAGAAGGAAGGAUUAUAUUUUAUGAUGUGGGUAACGAAAAUGGUGAUGUUGAUGAUGCAAAGAAAGAGGCAUUUUUUACCUUUAAAGGAAGUUGUUUGAAUGAGUUAGCAGAUAAAUUGAAAGAAGAAACGGGGCUUGAUGAUAUUCUUGUGUGUUGCCGCAAUCCAUUAACUGCAAAACUUUAUCCACUUCGUUUACAGUUACCUCCCAAUUCCUGUGACAUGCAUGUGGUUGUAGUUCCUUCUUCAUGCCAAGUGUCUCAUUAUAGUAAAGCUUUUCGGUAUAAGCAUGCUUAUCUACCUCUUCAUCUCUCUUUGUUUGGCAGCAACAGAAAGGGGUCUGAGGAAGAUCUAAGGAUACUUCUGAAGCAGGAAACGACGAACGCUUCUUCUAAAACAAGAAGAAGGACUUUGGUUGGAAUUUGGACUGGGACCCAAAAUUUGAGAGCGGUGUCGAGGAGCAUUUCCGAUGGCAAGUUUUGCAAUAGCCGUGGGUCAGACUCUGCAUGUUAUGGCAACGAGACAGUGCUUCUCAGAUUUGUUUAUGAUACUGUACUAAGUUUUGGCUUUAUUAUAAUCAACUAUGCUUCUGAGCGCCAGUUCUUUGCUGUGAAGUCAAAGGAGGAGCUGUUGGUGGUUGUUGGGGGUGGAGCAGCUGGGAUGUAUGGAGCGAUUCAUGCUAAGACUGUGGCACCCCAUCUCAGUGUCGUAGUUAUAGAGAAGGGAAAGCCUCUCUCCAAGGUGAAAGUUUCUGGAGGAGGACGGUGCAAUGUGACUAAUGGGCAUUGUGUUGACAAUAUGAUUUUGGCAGAAAACUAUCCCAGAGGUCACAAGGAACUGAGAGGAUAUUUUUUUAAUAUACAUGGUCCGGUGGAUACAAUGUCGUGGUUUUCCUCUCAUGGAGUGGAGCUGAAGGUUGAGGAUGAUGGCAGGGUAUUUCCUGUCAGUAACAACUCUUCUUCUAUAAUUGAUUGUCUCAUGUCUGAAGUGAAGCAAAGGGGAGCUGCUACCGUUCUUCCCGCAUGGCUGAACUCUCAAAUAGUUUCUCUGCAGACCAGGAAAACUGUAGCAGCAGUAUCUAUUUUAUCUAGUGGCAAAUUCCUUCUUGAGGUUCAGCAACACACAUCUAUUCAUGCUGAACGUGUUGAAGCUGAUUAUCUAUUGAUUGCUAGUGGUAGUAGCCGGCAGGGUUAUACUCUUGCAUCUCAGCUUGGUCAUUCAAUUGUAGAUCCAGUGCCGAGCUUGUUUACUUUCAAAAUAGAAGAUUCACAUUUGCGGGAGUUGUCUGGGGUUACAUUCCCCAAAGUUAAAGUGAGGCUAAAAUUGGAUAGUGUUCAAAGGAAUAUACCUAAGCUUACACAGGUUGGUCCCAUGCUAGUUACACACUGGGGGCUCAGUGGACCAGUUAUUCUUCGGUUAUCUGCUUGGGGUGCUCGUUUUCUGUUCAGUUCAAGUUACAAAGGCAAACUUUUUGUUGAUUUUAUCCCUGAUCUGCAUGUGGAAAGUUUGAAGUCAAUUCUUUCCCAUCACAAGCUUGAAUAUGCGAAACAAAAGGUACUCAAUUCCUGUCCUCCUGAAUUUGGCAUAACAAGAAGAUUUUGGAGCUAUGUAUUGGAACGACAGGGUUUAAGUGGAGAUGCCUUAUGGGCUUCAAUUUCAAAUAGUUCAUUGAUGUCCAUAGGUUCUUUGUUGAAGCACUGCAUAUUUGAAGUGACGGGCAAGGGUCAAUUUAAGGAUGAAUUUGUUACUGCGGGUGGUGUUCCCUUGUCAGAGAUACUAAAUGUUGAUGGGGUAACUGGUGGUUUCAAUUUCCAGAAUGCUUGGUCAGGAGGAUUUAUUGCAGGAACCACCAUUGGUGGAUUAGCUCUUGGAUCUUGUUUAGACGCAACCGAGGCUGAACCGAUCGCGAAGAUGGCAGUGGAGCUCGCGGAGAAGGUCAAGAUCGGCGUCUGCGUGAUGGAAAAGAAGGUGAAAUGUCACUCCGAGGUUCUCUCUUUCAUUACACUAGAUAAAUCGAAAGUUUCGGAUUUCGCGGUCUUCUCCGCGCCUAUGGGACAGAUUUUUGAUAGGCUACAGGCGUUUGGUGAAUUCGAGGUCAUACAUUUUGGGGACAAGGUGAUUCUUGAAGAUCCAAUAGAGAGGUAUUAUAGUCUUAUUCGUAUAGCUGAAAACUAG